CCCCUUUAAGAAGUUGAGCUGUCCAGCACAGCUGGGAUUUCAACACGGACAGAUAGCGCAAUGAAGAGCAGCGUCGACCCGUCAUCAUGUGCACCGGGCUUUCGAGGACUGCCUGUCCGCUGCGACUUUUUGCCCUCUGCAUCCUUCUUUCCCACGCAGCAGCCUAUUUCGGCCUUACAGGUCGCGAGCCACUGGUCUAUCUGCCCGGUCCAUUUGCCAACGAGCCUCCGAACAGUAAAGCGCACCUGAAGCAAUGCGAGCAGAUGACUCUGACGCGCCGGCAAAAGCGCUUGUGCCGGCGAGAACCAGGACUGGCGGAGACUCUGAGGGAAUCUGUCCGCCUCAGCCUCCUGGAGUGCCGCUAUCAGUUCCGCAACGAGCGCUGGAACUGUAGUAUGGAUGGCCGUGGAAGCCUUUUAAAACGAGGCUUUAAAGAGACGGCCUUCCUGCUCGCGGUGUCGUCAGCAGCGUUGUCUCACGCGCUGGCCAAAGCGUGCAGCUCGGGGCGCAUGGAGCGCUGCACCUGCGACGAUUCUCCUGGUCUGCAGCACCGCGAGGCCUGGCAGUGGGGCGUAUGCGGGGACAACCUCAAAUACAGCACUAAGUUUCUCAAGAAAUUCUUGGGGCAAAAACGGGUCAGCAAGGACCUGCGUGCCCAAAUCGACGCUCACAACAUUAACGUCGGCAUCCGGGCGGUGAAGAGUGGUCUUAAGACUACUUGUAAGUGUCACGGUGUCUCCGGUUCUUGUGCUGUGAGAACAUGCUGGAAGCAGCUCUCCCCGUUUCAAGACACAGGCCAUCUGCUGAAGUAUCGCUAUGACACGGCCGUUCGAGUGCAUAGUGUCACCAACUCUGCCACUGGAGAGACCGAGCUGGCAAGCCCACGGCGUCACGGCAACACAGGUCCCCGUCUGCGGCCCACCGAGCUGGUAUUUCUGGAGGAGUCGCCCAGCUUUUGCAGGCCAUCGCGCUAUCCCGGGACGGCUGGCAGACCGUGUUCAAAGGACACCAGCUGCAGCAGCCUGUGCUGUGGACGGGGCUACAACACGGCCCUCCACCUCACCACCCUCUCCUGCCACUGCCAGGUCCGCUGGUGCUGUCACGUCGAGUGUCAAACCUGCCUCCAAGAGGAAGAGGUCUACACUUGCAAGAAACACUGAUAGCAAAGAAGGAGACUGAGAAGACAAAGUGGAAAUUGAAGAAGGUUGAGGAUUGUUAAUGCGCCGGCUAGACGGCUAGU